AUGAUCAUUUGGCUUUGUUUACUUCUCCUUCCACUUGUGAACUCCCAAAGACUAACAGCAGAGGAGAAUGCAAGACUUGCGGAAAAUUGUGGUGAAAUGUUCCUAAGAAAACGUAUCAGGAGAGCCACUGGCGGGGACAAACUCUCAGAGUACCAGUAUCCCUGGUUAUCUAUCGUCAAGGCGUAUGGUGGUAACUGCACAGGAUCACUUAUUUCUCCUCGACACAUAUUGACUGCCGCUCACUGUGUGGUGAACCAUGACAAGCCUGGACCGAAAAAACUGUGUAACAACGUAUACUACGGUGACUUCGACGACUGCACUUCUGAAAACGACAUAGCUAUAUUGGAACUUAGUAGAGAUGUUCCCGAGUUCAUAGCGACACCGAUUUGUAUGCCGGACAGAUACUAUCCUGUCGAAGAGCGCUUGAGGGUAGCGGGGACUGGUCGUACAAACCGUAUGUUUCCAUUCGUGAUCGAAAAAAAAACAAGUCGCAGUUAG